AGUAGUCCGCCAAAGCCAUGGCGUGCUGCUUGGUGCUAUGGGGCGUAGCUGUGGCGCUGCUGGCGUACGUCGCAAGGAAGAAGGAUCCAGCGCCUAUAUUCGGAGUCUAUACACGGCCCGGCAAGUGGUACUACCUGAAGUAUGUUGUGUUCGCGGCCAUUUACUACUUCAGGAAGUACGCGGUCCGAAUUAGAGGCGCCGGCGACCGCGCUGGGCAGGGCGUGCGAGCCAUCUGCGACCCUGCGCUCAUGGACCGCGCACAGCCUCUCAGCGACCACCCUAAGGCCUUUGACGCGGUGUUCUUCAUCGCCGCGGACGGCGCGCCCGAGGAGGAGGGCACCUACGUCAUGAUGGGCAGCGAGCGCCGCGCGCUUGGCAUGUGCAACGGACUCUUCUACAUCGGCCUGCCGGGCAAGGGUCUGCUGUGCAGCAGCAAGCUGCCAGACACGGUACUCUUCGGGGCUCGGAGUGGCGAGUUCGGCGCCGAGGGAAUUCGCAUGACGCCCGCAGAGGCCAUGAAACGGUGGACUCUUAAUUAUCAGGGGAAAAUGAGGUACCAAAGGGACCCUACACAUGAAGUGGAGGUGACGUUCACCGGGGAAUGGACAGCGAACACGAAGCACUUCGACUUCGACUGCGACCUGCACGCGCCUGCCGUCAUACGCUCCAUCGCGCGGGAGCGUUGGAGCAGGCAGUACUUCGACGACCUAAAGACGGCACACCAGUCCCACUAUGAGCAAUUUGGCAGCCUCCGCUGCUCGCUGACGAUUGGGGACGAGAAGCUUCAAUUCACGCUGCCGUCGUUCCGCGACCACAGCUUCGGCGCGCGCCGCGACUGGUCGCUCAUGCAGCGCUACGCCUUCCACCACAUCUUCCUGGCUGAUGGGACUAAGGCGGCGGUUGGAGUCAUAUGCCAGCCCUCUACGGCCACCAAUUUCGAGGUGGGCGUGGUGGCGUUGCCGGACGGGCGCGUGUUACCGACCAAGGCAGUGCACCUUCAGCUGUGGCAGCACGGCGAGGGUGGCACUCCGCCCAAGGACUACGGCUUCAGCUUCCGAGCCGGAGAUCAACAUUACCACGUUCAGGUGCAGGUAGAACACGAGGCCGUUCACUACGUGUCCUCGGAGUGGGAGGCGCGCAUGCAGGAGCGCUUCUGCCGGUACGUCGUGAACGGCGUGCCGGGGCGCGGCACGUCCGAGUUCCACUACCGCCACGCCGGCGGCCGCCCCGCCACCGCCGCAGACCCCGAGUGGUACCGCAGGAUGAGCCACGCCAUCUAGUCUGCACCCUGUGACACGUACUGACACACACCUGAUACACGAUCCUGUGUAGAUACACAGAUGUCUAGCUAGCGAGACACACAGCUCUCUAAUUUGUGGUUAUGCUCUCGGAGCCAGUGUUUCCAGUCACCUUAAAUAACCUUUAUCAUUGUCAAACUUUCAGAGCUCAUCCCAAUCCGAUGUUGUAUUGUAUUUGUAUGUACCGUAAAAUGGUCAUACUUUGCUCCUUGGUGGGUACGGGUACUAUGCUCCACCUUAAAAAAAAACCGGACAAGUGCGAGUCGGACUCGCCCACCGAGGGAUCCGUACUUUUUAGUAUUUGUUGUUAAAGCGGCAACAGAAAUACAUCAUCUGUGAAAAUUUCCUGGUGACAGACACACGGACAGCGGAGUCUUAGUAAUAGGUUAGUUUUACCCUUUGGGUACGGAACCCUAAAAAACGCCUUAACGUUUAAUAUAUUCAAGCAUAACAUAUUUAAUUGUAUAUGGAAAUUUAUAAUAAAAAUAUUAUUAUUAUUUAUAUACUCAGAUAAAUGAAAUUGUAGUAUACACACAGUGUAAAAAUAUUAUGGGCCCUGGAGGGAAAGUCAUUUUACUUAAAAAGAAACAAAACUGCUUGUCUCGCCCGGGAAUCGAAUAGACUAAAAAUUCCAAAAAAUAAACAUUCGCUAUUUUAUUCUACUAGUCGAUACAGUUAAUGUUAAUGAUAACAUUUCUUUAAGAAAGAUUAGAUCUAACACUCGUCUGUUGUACACAAAAUAUCCAUAAAAUCGAAUAUUUAGUGCUCAAGAAUAUUUUUUGACAAGCGAAUUUGAUAAAAAAAAAUCUUUGAAUGCAGUUUUGUUUCUUUUUAAAAAUAAAAGAAUGUUUACUUUAAGUAAAAAUAACUAACGUAGGUUUUAACUAUUAACCCAUUACCGCCCAUUGUACCCACUUGGGUAGACCUGGGUGGGUGACUGCAGUGUUAAAUUCAAAAUUUCUACUGUAACUUUACCUUACUCUACAGUCUACUGUAACAGCAUUAAAUAAAUUAUGUAAAAAACUUUCUCUUGAAACUGUUCAUGUGACUCAGGAGACAUUAUCCACAUAAGUAUUACAAAAUUAAGGCUAAUUGUAUUUCCUUUUCUAACAACAUUAUGUUAAUUUUGGAUUAAUUUAAUAUAUAAAACAUUUUUUUCCCCUCACUAGCUCAGAAAGCCGUCUUUUAUCCUUUAAAACAAGCGGGGGAAAACGCAUUUUAUCCACUAGUGGGGAAAGUAAUUUGACCUUGGAUGGAGCGUGUUUAAGUAG